CUGUUGUGAAACUUCCCAGAGAGUCUGUCUGCAUACUGGGGUGUCUUAUAGCUGCCCCAGCAGCCCACAGAGGCAGUAGGAGCUGAGCUUGAAGGAUGAGGAAGGCUGCACUGCGGGGGCUGUUGUGGGCAUUCUUUAUCUCAGAAUCCCAAGCUGCCAAUGACCUAGCUGAAGAAAGGUAUGCCCUAGUUGAGGGGCAGACCUUGAGCGUGAGCUGCCCCUUCAACAACAUGAAGUACGCCAGCAGCCAGAAGGCUUGGCAGAGGCUGCCGGAGGGAAAGGAGCCCUUGACGCUGGCGGUCACAGAGAGGUCAUCUACACCCGGUGAAGUCCGUGUAGGGAAGUACACACUGAAUCAUGACCCUGCCGAGUCCAUGUUGCAUGUUGAAAUGGCUGACGUUCGAGUGACAGACUCUGGAUUGUAUCGCUGUGUGAUUUACCAUCCCCCCAAGGACCCGGUGCUGCUCUUCUAUCCUGUCCGCCUGGUGGUGACCAAAAGUUCUUCAGAUACGCCCACUUCUGGCAUUACUCCUACUACAAGGCUGACUGAGGUUCCCACCCUUACUACCGCAAAAUAUCCCCCCAGAGACACAACUGUGACGCGACCCCUACCCAAGUCCACUACUCUUGUCACUUCUCCUGACCCUGGAGUCACCUUCACAAAUGGAAGUGAGAGUGACUCGGUCUCCAUAUCCAGUAUUGUUGUUCCCGUGGUCUGUGGACUCUUCAGUAAAGCCCUAGUCUUCACCAUCUUGCUCGCUGUCACACAAAGGUCAUUUGGAUGACAGACCAUGAAGCUACACAACAGUGACCUCUGACCUCCAGCCAUGCCUGUCUCACAGGAGGAGCUGGGGCAGAGGGCUAAGGAGGAACUGUGACAUGAAUUGAGCUGUGAUUGCAGGUCAUAUCUAAGGCUCUGGAUGACCCCUGCUGGCCCUGCCCACUCUCCUCAUUUCAUCAGUCACCUUGGGUAGGUGCUCUGCACCCUCAGGAGCACUCCAGCCAGUCCACCUAAAUAGAUGGGUUGGCAUGAAAUAAAGACAGAGCUCAGGGUUUCUCCUUGUCACAUUUUGUGAGAGUCAUGAGGCUUAGGGGUCACUACUGACAUUCCCAUCCCU